GACAGAAAAACUACAAUGCCCAACAUUUUGUUCGACUUCCGGAAUUUGCGAAACGUCACAGCUUUCAGUUUCUUGGUGAACGAAACAUAUCGCUUGGAGAGACUAUACUCACUGCAGAACAUGGAACUGUCCAGUGAUGAUGCAGAAAGGCCACAUUUGGAGGAGAAAGAAAUUCAGACAGAACUAUGGACAGCAGAAAAUGCAGCAAACACUGAACCAGAUUGGGAGUCCCAGAUGGAGAGACUAUACUCACUGCAGAACAUGGAACUGUCCAGUGAUGAUGCAGAAAAGCUACAUUUGGAGGAGAAAGAAAUUCAGACAGAACUAUGGACAGCAGAAAAUGCAGCAAACACUGAACCAGAUUGGGAGUCCCAGAUGAGUUCCUUGGAGAACUCCAGUGCACAGCUGACCCUGCAGUAUGAGGAGCUGCAGAAAAAGCAGGAGGAGGACCGGGAUCAAGAUGGAAAACAGAUUCAGCUUCUGGAGCAGAAGAGGGAUGAUGCCAUUCGACAGCAUAAGGCCUUGUUAGAAAAGAUGGAGUCCCUGCGAGUAAAGCUUCAGCUCAACUGUUACAAGACGACUCGCAAGAACUUUGCUGUGAAAAAGGUGGAGCUGGCUGGAGAGCGGGAUCGAUUGAAGGAGGAAACCAGCAGACUUGGAAAGGAACUGGAGGAGGUGGACAGAAAUCUAAGAUCGCUAAUAGAAGAACAAGGGGAAGAAAAAAAGACAGUGCAGCGUGAGUUACAGGAUCUGCAAGAAACGAUGAAUAGAAUUACAAAGGAAUAUGAAAAAGAUCGAAAAAUUGCUCAGAGAGAUGAGGAAACCAGCCUGAAUAUGCAGAAAGAGUUGCUCACAUCCCAGGUGAAAGACUGGCUGUCUGAUGCUGAGCAAUAUCUCAGCGCAAUCCGGUCAGAUGUAUCCCAAGAAAGCAUGCAGCAAAGGCAAGGAUGGGAAAGCACCAUAGAGGCUGUCCGUGACAGCUUAGAUACCUUGCAGCAUCGGUUCACUGAGUAUCUACACUUGGUCCAGCGAGGCCAGCAUCUGGACAGCCUGCCCCCAAUCACUGCUCCCUCCCUGCCUCCCGUUCCCCCUAUUGACUUAAUUACUGGACCAAGGGCAUCUCGCCAACCAACACAUACGCCGUCCCACAGUCAAUCACUUCCUGCCCACCCCCCCCCAGCUGCCGCCCCAUCUGAUCACACGCGGCCGAGCCCCCAGCUUGGAAGCUUGGCCUAUCAGCCCGUGCCCUCCUCAAGCUCGCACGCCACACCGUUAAGCAAGACUAACUCUGUUUCCAAAACCGCGUCGUCCCCCAAGCACGUUCGCACGGCACCACCCACAUCAGCAGCGGCUCCCACAUCAGCAGCGGCCCCCACAGACAGCGCCCAGCCUGUAGCUAAGCUGGAAAAGCUCCUGGAAAACCUGGGAGCCCAGUUCUCUCAAUGCAGCAGGGGGCAGCUGAUGUCCGUGCUGCAGGACAUUAAGACUUCUCGGGGCACACUGGCAGGGCUCUCGGUUGAAGAGCUGAACCAACUCGUGGCGCAGAGAUUAAUGCAAAGUGAUAAACCGGGGCCAGCUGCAUUCAUCCAACUGAGGCCAACACGGACUGCGUCUCCAGUUGGACCCAAGCUUUGUUUGAUGUGCCAAAACCAAGUAGAUGCUGGAACUCAGCACCUUAUGAGCUGCUCUCACAUCGUACACAAGGAGUGUAUCAGUGUUUGGCUGCAGUCCAGCAGGAACAAUGUCUGCCCCUUCUGUCCAUCAAAAUGACCAAAGUACAAGAUCCCGAUGGAGGAAUUAGAGAAGAUGGCGAUAUCUAAACUCUUUCUUCAUUUCAGCUUAUACUCAGAUAAUCUUAUUGUUUUGUAAAACUAAAAACAAUGGAAAUCUACUUACCGUCAACACCUUGUUGGUAUAGUUUUGUAUGGGUUAAAGAUUAAUGCAAGAAGAAUGACCCCUGUUUGAGAUGGAGGUAUCUAUAAUUUUUCACCUUUAUUUAUAAAUUCUGCAGAAGUAGAGUAAGAACUUAAUGCCAAAAGUCAUAUAACAACUAAAUACUUCAAAUCCCUCUGCAGUUUACAAAUAUAUACUUUAAAAGGAUAGUUGGCAUGUCCUAACUCUACUGAAUCUACAGUUAUUCAAACAGUAAGCAUUAUUAUUAUUAUUAAUAACAAUAAUAAUAAUAAGUUACUAAUUGGUGAUGUGGAUGGCAUACUGGAAAAUGGGUAGAUAUUAUUGUGGGGAGGUCUUAAUGUAUGUACACCAUUUAAAUAUUUGAUUGCUGAGGCAAAGGGAAAUUGUGAUUCUUUUGUAUUUGCUUUAUUGCCUGUGAAAUAAAGCAGACAGACAGCCACGUCCUGACCUGCA